CUCACUACCAUCUUUGCCGAUUAUCAUUCUCAUCAUCAUUACCAAUCACCAAACAGCCACAAUAAAAAAAAAUGGAGGGCUUCUUUUCGGGAACCGGUUCUGCUCCUCUCGGAUCCCAUUCUUUGCUCAUCCGUUCCUCAUGCUCUGUUAGCUCCGUUCUUGAACUGAUGGCCUGACAUCCAGUAAAGGAGAGGAAGCUUCGCAGAAGGAGGGCUUAAGGAAGACUAAAAAAAGGGGAACGGAGCAGCCACAAAAGAAAAGAAGGAAAGAUUUUUUUUUUGUCUUUUCUGGGUUCUACCGAUUUGGUGGUCUGGAUAGCUGUUCGGACUCUUCCCGGGGGAAUCUUAUGGGUGAUGGGAAUUUUUGCCACAGUUUGCCCUCGGCGAAGGAGGGCCGCGCGGAUGUGAAAACCGGAGGGAAACGGGCUCUGUUGGUGGCUUCCGAUUGCUCUUUGUUUAGUCCCUGCUCCAACAUUGGAGAAAUGGUGGACAAAGAUGAAGUUUGCGAGUAUGACAGUGCAUUCAAGAAGGCCAGGCUCCAGAAAGCUGAUGAAAUUCUCGGGAAACCAUUGGAGUCUUUUAAACAAGAGGAGGUGGUUCAAGAUUUGCAGACUAUAUGUUUUGAGCGUAUCUAUUUUAUCAAGAACCUUAUGAUACCAUGUACUGAUCCUGAUGAGGAGUUGGAUGAGAAGUUGGGUUAUCCAGUUACCAAGCUGGAGGACAUUGACAAGGUCACUCUUGUAGCACAAGAGAGGCUGUUAUCUUUGAUGGGAGAAUUUGCACUUCCAUGGGAACACUUCAAUGAGAAGAAAUCUGUCUUGACUGUCCAACAUGUUCGUUUCACGUUUGAGAAAUGGUAUUGUUAUUUACUCGAAGAGUUUUCAAUGGCAGAACGCUUCCACCAAUAUACUUGGAACUUUUUUCUCAAGCUUCGUUUGUAUCCUCUUCUAAGGUUGUGCACAAAAUGGCUGAGGUGUGCCAGCGAAAAUAAAAUGUGCCAUGGAGAUCUUAUGCAUUGUAUCUACUUCAAAACUGAUAUGGAGCCAAAACUUUUGAUUCAAAAAGGUGAUGGCUGUGGUUCAUAUAAAGGAGAUUUAGAAACUAUCAGGCACUUUUUGUUUGUGAUUGUUAACAGAAGGCCACCAGAGGAGCUACAGAUGGUUAACCGAUUGAAUUACUAUAACUUCAACGACGAUGUGCCACGUUAUUUGAUUGAUUUUCUUAAGCUGUUGGAUACCUUUGAUGAGCAAAAGCACAUUGUGGAUGUUGUCUUUAACCCAUCUUUUUUGUGGAGCAUUGAGAAGAAGUUCAAGCAUCUAGAUGAAGCAUAUAUGUAUUUCUUUGAAGUGAAAUCAAGACUCAAUAAAAUAAAUAAGCAUCAUUGGUGGCGAUGGUAUGCAGAUUUUGAAAAGCUUCCUAAGGAUCAUGCUUUCAAGAAGGUGUUGGAACGGGAAAGCUCAACAGGACUUGUGCAGUCACACCAACGAGGAUCCGUGCCUUUUAAUCCAACAUACCAAAACAAUGCACAGUUGUUGCGUCUAUGUCGCAAUGCCAGGUGUCAUGUUACUGAAAUGUUUGCUGAAUUUGAAUGGACUCAGGAUGAUGUUUUGGAGGAGUUUGAUGAGAAAUUCAAUAUUCUCUCGAAACUCUCCCAAACAUGUAACAAAUACGCAAUGGGUUUGCAGUGCGAACAAUUUUGCGCAGACUUCCUUGAAAGGUUGGGAUAUAUUACGAGAGAGACACUGUAAGAUAUUAUCAGGCACACUCUUGAUUUUUCUGUGGUUUUUCAUUCCAGAGGAUCUCUGUUGGCAGAUUGAGGGUAAUGAUUUUACAACAUCCUUUUUUUUUUGGUUUCCCGCCCGGUAUCCGGGACUUUGCCCCGACUAAUCCGGAUCCGACCCGCGUCGCGCACCUGGAAAUGGUGGGUGAGUCUUUCAACGAAGGCUGCUGCGUACACAAGGUCUCGAACUCGAGACCUUGCUUAAGCUGGAACAAGCCGCUUAUCAUUUGAUUCAACCCUUCGUUGGUAUGAUUUUACAAUAUCUAGUAACAUGUAAUAUACUAUUUAGUUGCUUUACCCUCUUAUGACCUUCGUGCUUAAUCCUGUAGUGUAAUUGUGUGUGUAACUUCUCCCUCAUGAAACGAGCUUUAUGGUAGGAUCUUGAUCUUACGUAGGCAAUGAAUGUCUUGAGUUUUCUAACAGCUGAAGGUUUGUACCUGAAAGCUGAGUGACAGUGAUUCUUUGAAACGUAUAUAUAUGCCAUCUAAUUCCCCUCAAUUGUGUGAUUUGUAUGAAAAUGAUUCAAUUUUUGACAAAUUUGAGUGUUGCCUUAGUGGUGAUGAUUGCCAGUGGCAACAGGAUCUUACAGUUUUGUUUUCUAACACAAGUCUUCUCUACUUGCUUGAUUUCUUUGUUUUCUUUAUUUGUAAUUUUGGGGCAUGUAUAGUGAUCUUUCAUGUGAUACAGCAAUCUAUUUCGUGUGUUUGGUUGUACUGUGGGAAGCAAUGAGGCACCAAUUUUUGGAAGCUAGCAAAAAUCUGAUGCGGUAAAUUUAACUGAAGAAUGGUAUGAAUUAUGAUUUUUCUGCCUGAUUUGGGUUAAAGCAUAAACAUGGAAUGCCCCG